UCACUCUUACUUUCGCUGCUCUAUCGCCUCUCUAUCUCCCUCUCGCUUCUUCACCCCCAAAACCCUAACACACCAUGGCUGAAAGAGGAGGAGCCGCCGCCCCAGCCGGCGAGCGUGGAGGCUUCGGCAGAGGCUUUGGAGGCCGUGGCGGCCGCGGAGGCGACCGCGGUCGUGGCGGCAGGCGUCGCGGCGCUGGCCGCCGUGACGAGGAGGAGAAAUGGGUCCCGGUCACCAAGCUCGGCCGUCUCGUGAAAGACGGCAAGAUCUCAUCCCUGGAGCAGAUCUACCUCCACUCUCUCCCAAUCAAGGAGCACCAGAUCAUCGACACACUCUGCCCCGGCCUCAAGGACGAGGUCAUGAAGAUCAUGCCCGUCCAGAAACAGACCCGCGCCGGUCAGAGGACCCGGUUCAAGGCCUUCGUCGUCGUCGGGGACUCCAACGGCCACGUCGGACUUGGAGUCAAGUGCAGCAAGGAGGUUGCUACCGCUAUUCGCGGUGCGAUUAUCCUCGCCAAGCUGUCGGUGAUCCCUGUGAGGAGGGGGUACUGGGGGAACAAGAUCGGGAAGCCGCAUACGGUGCCGUGUAAGGUGACUGGCAAGUGUGGCUCUGUCACUGUGAGGAUGGUGCCCGCUCCUCGUGGUUCUGGAAUCGUGGCGGCUAGGGUUCCUAAGAAGGUGCUGCAGUUUGCUGGGAUUGAUGAUGUCUUCACCUCUUCCAGGGGGUCCACCAAGACUCUUGGCAACUUUGUCAAGGCUACUUUUGAUUGUCUCCUGAAAACCUAUGGUUUCUUGACACCUGAAUUCUGGAGAGAGACUCGCUUCACUAAGUCCCCGUUCCAAGAGCAUACUGAUCUUCUUGCCAAGCCAACUGGUAAGCUAAUCCUGGACACUGUUGAGAGGGUUGAGGCCUGAGCUGCUUCGGAUGGGACGAUCUUCCAAAUCAUCUUUUUGUUAGGAACUUAUUUUCUUUAUUCUGAAGGACAUGAUAGUAUGCUAUUUGUUUUUGGUAUUUGACUGUACUAAGAUUCUACAUAUGUUGGUUUCCAAUGGAUGAUGGUACAUUACUGAAUCCUUUUAUAUCUUCUGAAUUGUUAGGACCUUUGUCCUAACUUUCAUUUUAUCA